CACAUGUGAAACCAUUUUUCAAAAGGGCGAAAACGCCGCGUGCCCCAGCAUAUCCACCACAGUAACCAAAACCUCGCCGGCGGCGGGCGGCGGCGGGCGGCCAUGUCGCACUGGAAGGAGAAGGAGAAUGCUCCACCUCUCCCGCUCUACCCAAGCGGCGCCUCUAACCCCUCUCAUCUCCUCCCCUGCAAGCGCCCGCUGCAAUCCCCAUCCCCAUGCCCACCGCUGCGCCGGCCGCUCGUCGAUAUCACUGGCAACGCAUUGGAACAGCGGGGCGGGUAUGGGUAUACAACUCCCCUCCCGAACGCUUCCAGGCCUUGCGGGUUUCUUCUGCACGACGACGAAGACGACAUGAACGAGGCAUUCUUGCGGGAGGUGGACGCCAUCUGCGAGGAGCGUGCGCGGUCCACGGCCAGGAAGGAGGAAAAGGAGAAGGAGAAGGAGAAGGAGAAGAAGCCAGCAGAGGAGCAUAAGGGGACGGGCGGAGUGGCGCUCAUGGCGGCAGCGGGCACGAUUGACGCCGCUGGAACAGAGACAGCAACGCUUGACGAUGCUUUCUGGGAGGAGGUGAGCGCCAUCUGUGAGGAGUGUGAUGCCCAGUCUGCUGCCAAGAGCCAGGAGAGGACGAAGGAGGAGGGGAGCUUGGUGCUGUCCUGCGAUGAUGCUUCACUCCCCCCUGCUAUUUCCAUCACCGCGGAGGGUGGGGAGUUUGAAGAUGCAUUCUGGGAGAUCAAUGCCGUUAUGGAGGAGCACAAUGCCAAAGCUCAUGCCAAGUAUCAGGAGGGGCUCAAGGGAAUGGAGGAGAAAGAUGGAUUGUUAGCACUGUGCGGUGAUCAUGAUCCUUCAGUUUCCCCAGUAAUAUCCGUUGCAAUGGGGGGUGGAGCGCUUGUUGAUGCACUCCUUGGUGAGGUUGAUGCUGCCGUCCAUGAUGGGCAUGCUGAUAUGUCUGCUGCUAAGGGCCAGGUGGAACAGCAAGAUAUGGAACUAGAAAAGGAGGAAGAUGAAGCGUGUGCUCCAAAGAAGUACAAUGAAUAUUUGCACUCCUUGAAUGAUAGGCAGAAGGAGGCUGCAUGUAAUGAUGUUGCUGUUCCUCUAAUGAUUGUUGCUGGUCCAGGAAGUGGAAAGACUUCCACAAUGGUUGGUAGGGUGCUCACACUUCUCAAAGAGGGUAUUCCACCACCAAACAUUCUUGCUAUGACAUUCACCACGGCUGCUGCCUCAGAAAUGAGAGAGAGGAUAGGGACAGUGGUGGGAAAGGCAGUUGCCAAGGAUAUUGCAAUAAGCACAUUUCACUCAUUUUGCUUGCAGCUUUGCAGAACACAUGCUGAAAAGCUAGGACGCACAUCUGAAUUCAUAAUCUACGGACAUGGACAGCAACGAAGGGCGCUUAUUGAGACAGAGCGCCUUUUGGAAAAUGACAAAAAUAAUGGUGUUGGAGAUACAACUAAACAGUAUGAUGGGGACAUAAAAAAUUCUUUCAAAGACAAAGCUAAAAAGUGGCAGAAAUUUAUUACACAGGCAAAAGCUUCAGGAAGAACUCCAGAGGACUAUGAAAAAAAGGGUGAUUUGACAGGAGCUUCUGUUCUUCGACAUUACAAUGAAAUAUUAAGAUCUUGUAAUGCUCUUGAUUACCAUGAUUUCAUUAACUCAUCUAUAACCCUUCUCACAAAUUUUCCUGAAGUGUACAAAGAGUGUCAGGAUAUGUGGCGGGCAAUUGUAGUUGAUGAGUUUCAGGAUACCAGUGCUAUGCAGUAUUGUCUUCUGAAGAUUCUAGCUUCCCACAAUCAUAUAACUAUUGUCGGUGAUGAAGAUCAGUCCAUCUUCAGUUUCAAUGGUGCCGAUGUAUCUGGCUUUGAUUCAUUUCGUAAAGAUUUUCCGGAUCAUAAAGAGAUCAGGUUGAGCAAGAAUUACCGCUCCACACGUGCAAUUGUUGAAGCAGCAACUGCUCUAAUUCAGAACAACACUAAGCGGCAUCAUCCUAGGCUUGUAGAGACCGACAACCCUUCUGGCUGUAAGAUCACUGUCAAGGAGUGCCACAGUGAAGAUUCACAAUGCGCAUUUGUUAUUGACAAAAUCAUUGAAAUUACAUCUGGUACCGCUGAGGGGUGCAACUUUGGCAACAUUGCUGUCCUAUAUCGAAGACAGAUAACUGGCAAAGCUUUCCAAGUCUCCUUCCGCAACAGGAAAAUUCCCUUUAACAUUCAUGGUGUGGCUUUCUACAGGAAAAAGGUGAUCAAAGCUAUCAUGGCAAUACUUCGGACCACAUUACCUGGUUGUGAUGAUGGUCCUUGGCGUCAAGCCUUCAAGGCCCUUUUACCCGGUGACAAAGAAGAAAAGAAGAAGAUUAUAUAUCAUGUUCAAAAGAUUUCACUGGCUAGAACGUGUAGUUUUUUAACUGCUGCUAGUGACAUCUUCAGCGCUAAGGUCUCUGGUACCUUCAAAAGGGCCCAGAUUACUCAAGGACGUAAGGUUUUAUCGACCUUGGAUAGCCUAUCAAAACUUGUUGAAAAGGAACAAUCAGUUUCAGUCAUCAUUUCGUCUGCGGGAGACAUGCUACCUCAGAAAUAUCUCCUUGAGAAGCGUGCUGUUGUUGAUGUUGAUAAUGGCAAGUUAUUAAAUGAAGAUAGUGAUAUCAGAUCGGUCCUUCAGUUUUUAAUGGAUGAUGUGUCUGACUUCUUGUCAACACAUUUUUCUAGUUCAAUGGAGAGAAGCAAGACUGAUGAGAAAGGCUGUGCUUCUACACUUAAAGCUUUCAUUGAUUAUAUAUCUUUGAGGGAAACUGAAAAUUUUCGAUCCCGAAAGGAGGAAAAUAAGAAUUCUAUCACAUUAACAACUAUUCAUCAGUCAAAAGGUUUGGAGUGGGAUGUUGUGUUUAUUGUGCAGCUUGUCCUCUGUGAUCUGGCUGAAGAAACAAUUCAGUACUGUCUGGCCACAUGUGUGUUUGCUAGAGAGGCCUGGACCCUCCUCUUAUUCAUCAAAUUGAGAUGGCUGACUCUCUCACCUCAUCCAAAUGACAGAAUCCUACGCUGGUGGAGUCAAUCUGUUAAGGCAAAUGAUUCGGAAAUUCCUUUGUUGCAUGAGUACAAUGGUAGUGUGAAAGAAGCUGGAAGCACACUGGAGGAGGAGAGGAGGUUACUCUAUGUUGCAAUGACACGAGCUCGGAAAAAGCUGUACAUCUUGCAUGUUACAAUUGAUUCUAACCGUCAGCUUCUGCAACCAUCACGUUUUCUCAGGGAAAUUCCUGAUCACCUUCUUGAGGUGCAGGGCGAAGAGCCUCUGAGAAAAAUGCCUGAACGACCUUCAGGUGAUGUUCCUUUUGAUGACUCUGAAGUGGAUACAUCAAUCGGAAAGCCAAUUAUGGGACCAAACGAAGCUUCAUCUUAUCCAGAACAGGCUCAGGCAUGCCUUGCUAAUGAUUUCUUGAGAAGGUUUGAUAUUGAUGAUAGAUCGGUAGUCUCACAUAUAUUUCAUCAUUGGGGCAAGAAGCAGGCAUUUCAAAAUCCAAAGAGAUUACUUGAAAAGAUCAGUUUUGUAAUUGAUGAACGCCUACGUGGUAAAGGAUACAAGCGCAAGGAUGUCUUGCGAAAGCUGAAAUCGUUCCUAAGCGGUGAUGAAGCAUUGGGCUACGCACAAUAUGUUAUCAAGUGGGAACAGAUUCCUAUAGAAAAGCGGAAUCAUUUGAUAAGAGAAAGGCAGGAACAUUUCCAAAAGCAGAGGAUUGAGAACUCUAUGGGUUCGUCAGAACCCACAGCCAAGCAGAUAUCGUACCUUCGAAGCUUGGGGUGCACCAUCACUCCGACUUCUCGCUUACACGCAUCACAUCUUAUCGAAAAGUACAAAUCGCUCUAACUUGGUUGAAGAAAGUACAAAUCACAACAUUUUAUUGUUUUUUAUGUACAUGCCGUCCAUACUACAAAUGUAGUAGUGUUGUGUACUGGAUACAUCAAGGUUGUACGGCAGCUCCGAUCAUAUCUAUUGUCUGUUCUUCUUAGCCAUAUUCCUGUAGUACAUGCUGCAUUGUUGUGACACCAAGAGUUUUUGCUUCUCUUGGGCCUUGGCAGUGGUAUUGGCUAGGCACUGGCUAACCUUGUACUCCAUUCCUACUUAUAUGAACUCCAUUGUGUUUAUUA